UUCCUGUAAGAGCGUAUGUGUGAACAUGAGUCUUCCUGAUUUCUGUAUCACUUCUAUGAUGAGCACUCAUGUCCUUACCUAUGUCAACAUCUACUGCGGGGAGUCACAGAGAGUUUACCAAAACGAACUUACACUACGUCGUUUCUUUUAGCAGGAUUAGCUAAGUGUUUCCAAGCGUGCGGGUGUGUAUGAGUGAGAUACAUUGAUGCUAUAAUUUGUGUGAGAAUGGAAGAGCUAUCGAUGUAUCACGGGGCGAUCAGUAAAGAACGAGCUGAGAGGAUCCUGGGAGCCACCAGGCGAGAUGGAAGCUUCCUGAUCAGAGACAGCGAGAGCGUCCAGGGGUCCUACUGCAUCUGCGUGCUGUGUGAGAAACACGUGUUCACCUACAGGCUCUUUCAGGUUGAAGGCAACGUCUGGAAAACAGAGACAUCGCCUGGUGUGAAAGUGAGACUCUUCCGAAGUGUCCAAAACCUCCUGGCUGCAUUCCAGGAGCCCGACCAGGGCAUCGCCACGCCCCUGCGGUUUCCUGUAAAUAAAGAUCAAGCACAGAACCGCAAACCUCUCCCAACUCCCCGGAAACACAUCCCCUGUUAAUAUGUACAACAAAUUGUGACUGUAGACAUAACUGUGGCUUUUGUUUGUUUCCUUUUUAUCUUUUUUUCAUCAAAAUGUUUUUAGGAGGAAAAUUUGCUUUAUGAAUUUAUGUAAACGGGUCCUCAGUGAUUUACAUGGGAUUAUCAAUGAACCGCUAUUUAGUGACAGAAAAAGUUACAUUUAAAAGACUUUUUUUUAGGCAGAGAUUCAGCGGAAUCUCUCUCUCUCACUCUCUCUCUCUCUCUCUCUCUAUAUAUAUAUAUAUAUAUAUAUAUAUAGAGAGAGAGAGAGAUACACCACCAUUCAAAAGUUUGGGGUCACUUGCAAAUUCUUAGUUUUUGUAUACUGAUUUCUUUUCUACAUUCUACAACAAUACUGGGGAUUUCAAAGCUAUAAAAUAACACAUAUGAAAUUAGGUAAUUAUGUAACAACAACAAACACAACAGUUAAUUGUUAUUUUAAGACACAGAGGUCGGCCUUUCUGUAAUAGUUCUUGCAAGAACAGUAUUGUCAAGUGCAUUUGCAAAAUCCGUCCAGCACCAUAAUGAAACUGGCUCUCAUGAAGGCCGUCCCAGGAGGGCGAGACCAAAACCUACCUCUGCCUCAGAGGAGAAGUUCAUUUAGAGUUAUCAGCCUGAAAAAUGACCAAUUAACAGCACCUCAGAUUAGAGGCGUUAUGAAGUCUUUACAGAGCAGAAGUAGCAAAAACAUCUCACCAUUAACUGUUCAAAGGAGAUGCAUUUUUUGGACGCCUUCAGCAUUCCUUUACAAUGUAGAAAGAAAUAAAAAUCAGGAACCAUCAUGGAGUUAGAAAGUGUUCUAAAACUUUUGAACGGUAGUGUAUUGUAUUAUUAUAAAUUCCUCUAUAAUCAAUAAAUUAAUAAAACACAUUGAUGGAAAAAUUUCCCAUUUUUGGGAAAAAAAUAAAGAAUGCCUUAUUACUGUAUUUUUAAUGAUUUUCUAAAGCCUUUAUUUACAUAGUUUCAGUUUUUUAAAUUAAGUAUUUUUUCUUUCAUUUGUACCCCAACUUACUGUACAACCUAAAUAACACAGGUUAAAGGUCGAAUUUGAGGAAUUUAUUUCUAGCAUUGCUAGUUUUUAUGUUUAAAUACACUGCAAAAAGCGGUAGCAAGUGAGAAUAUCUUGAAUCUAGUCAUUUUUAUCUAAAAAUCCACUUAUUAUGAUUUAAAAAAUAUUAAUUAAGCUUAUUUCUAUCCAAAUCUUAUAAAAUGUAAGCAAAUUUAAUUUAAGCACAAAUUUCUCAUUUUAUUGGCAGAUACAGUAAGUGUUGCUUCCUUCAACACUAAAAAAAAAGCUUAAAAUCAUCUUCCAAAAACAAGAAAUUUUCAAUUAAACUUUUUGUAAAAUUUAUCUAGAAAAUAAGCUACAUAAGCUUAUAUUUGGUUUCUUAUAUUAAGAAAUUUUACAUAAAUUUGAAUAGGUUUAAAAAGUGAUCACUUGCUAAGAUACCACUUUUUGCAGUGUAACACUUUAUUUAUUGUUAAACUUCAUGUAAAAGUUAUUGGACGUGCUAUCAUAAUAAAUAUUGUUAAAAAAAAAUUAGAAACCCAUCUCUUUAAAAGCGGAUUUUUUCUUAUGCAAAUUAGUUGUUCGAAAUAGUUGUUCACAGUGCAUAUUUAACAUCAAUGCACAUAGUAUGUAAUAUGAGUCAUGACAAAAAUAAGCCUUUAAUAGUGCAACUAAUUUUAUUCUUCAGAGCAAUACAACUAUAAUAAUUGUUUUU